GGUGUUCUUGGGGUUCCCAGCAGCCACUUAACUCGCCUCUGCCUUGGGCCGCCUCUGCCAGAAGGAAACCCAUCGUUUCAGAUCGUCAGCUACAGAGUGGAGCUGAGUGUUUCCUACUGCACUUGAAGGCAGCAGACAGAGCGAGCCUGGCGGACGCCGACUGGCUUUUACAAGCUCACCAGCAGACACACCGUUUACACCAAACCUCAUCCUGAAAAAUAGACAGUGAGUUGGAAACGGGAUGAACACGGAGAAAACUAAUGUGGAGAUGAAGGAUGCUCAGAGCGUCAGCGCGGAGCAGAAGGACGGCCCGGAUGCGGCUCUGGAUGCGGCCCCUAAUGCGGCUCUGGAUGCGGCCCCUGAUGCGGCCCGGGCCGCUCUGGAUGCGGCCCCUGAUGCGGUUCUGGAUGCGGCCCCGGUUGCGGCCCGGGCCGCUGUGGAUGCUGACGCUACCGAGGCUGAUGUGAGCGAGGCCGACCUGGACCAGGAGGACCAGGAGAGGCAGCCGAUGACCGCCGAUGGACACGGGCCCCCGGAGGCCCCUCCUGAGGACAGGGAGGAGGUGGACGCGGAGAAGAACGGCUCCGUGAAACUGAAGAUCCUGGACGAGGCGCAGGAGGAGGAGGAGACGUUCACCGGCCUGAACAAGGAGGAGCUGCUGCGGGUGGCGGGGACUCCUGGUUGGGUGAGAACCCGCUGGACUCUCCUGCUGGUGUUCUGGCUCGCCUGGCUGGGGAUGUUGGUGGGAGCCGUCCUCAUCCUGCUGCAGGCCCCUCGCUGCAGAGAGCUGCCGCCCACCAGCUGGUGGAACGAAGGCCCACUGUACCAAAUCGGAAACAUCCACGCCUUCACCGACACACACAACCUGAAGGGUGUGGAGCAGAAGAUGGCCAGCUUGUCCCAGCUGAAGGUGAAAGGUUUGGUGCUUGGUCCGAUUCACGUUGCUCCACCUGAUGAAGCCAUGAGCUUGAGGUUUGAGGAAGUUUCACCUGAAGCUGGAAACCUGGAGCAGUUUAAAGGCGUCAUCCAGGCGGCUCGCCGAAAAGGUAUUUGUGUGGUUUUGGAUUUGACUCCAAACUACCAGGGUUCAUCUGGACCCUGGUUCUCCAGAAGCAGCGUGACAAACGUAGCAGAGAGACUGAAGUCUGCCCUGGUGUUCUGGCUGAGUGAAGGAGUGGACGGAGUCCAGCUGUCUGGAGUGGAGCAGCUGGCCAGCAAGGUCCCGGCUCUCUGGGCCGACAUCCGGGCCAUCGUCCAGAACAGGACGGACCAGGAUCUGAGAGGCGGGUCAGAAAGACUCCUGCUCGGCGUCACAGAAAGCUCCUCCGCUGACGACGUGUCUGCUCUUCUGUCCUCCACUGGAGUGGACCUCCUCAUAUCUAAAGUUCUGACAGCCGGCGGCUCGGAUCCCGCCCGCUACGCCCGCACCGUCCAGAGGCUGUACUCCAACCACACGCAGACCAAGCUGGCCUGGAACCUGGGGGGGCGAGACGACGGUCACCUGGCCUCAGUCGUUCCUCCAGCUCAUGUCAAACUGUACCAGCUGCUGCUGCUGACGCUGCCUGGGACGCCUGUCUUCAGCUACGGAGACGAGAUCGGCCUGAUGGACGGGGAAUCCAAGUUUCCCAAGAUGCUUUGGGACUUUGAAGAGGAACUGAAUGGAACUCUGCAGGAGGAUCAGACCGACAGGCUGUCCCUCCGCAACUUCUUCCGCUCUGUGAGCGAGCUGCGGGCCAAACAGCGCUCCCUCCUUCACGGAGACUUCUUCCUCCUCUCCAACUCGUCCUCAUCUCUGGCGUACCUGCGGGUCUGGGAUCACAACGAUCGCUACCUGGCUGCCUUCAACUGGGGGCCGGAGGAGGAGGUGGUGCUGCGGACGAGCGAAGCGGCGCUGCCUCGGCAUGCAGUGGUCGCCCUCAGCACCAACAGCAGCGCCCUCCCUGAAGGCAGCAGCGUGGACCUGGCUGAGCUGCGGCUCGGCCCGGGCCAGGCAGCACUCGUCAGGCUUCCUCACGCCGGAUAGAGGAAAACGUUUAGUGUUUGCAUUUCCUUUAUGUUAGGAGCACCAAAUCAGAGCAGAGUUAUUGUUGUGACACAUUGCAACUUGUGUUGUCUGCAGGGAUUCCCAAACUUUUCCAUGCCGCGGCCCCCCAAACUGCAUCAGCUUCUGGGCAGGGGCCCCCUUUGCAAAACUUGCCAAAUAUAUACAUGAACACCAACUUUUAGAAUGAUUUUCUCACUUAUAUUUCUAUUCUCAAUUGGCAUAAAUGCUGCCUCAUAUCUUAUAUAGCCAUCCUACGGUUACAUGAAGAGUAGAGCAGAUUUUUUGAUUUUUAAAAACGUUGGAAAACAUUGUUAGAUCAUGGUUUCUCCAGAGGAGGGGACACUUUGGGGCUAAAUGAUUUGCUUGUAAAAAGAUCUGUGAACGUUGGCUCAGCGGUACACAGAAGCUGCUCUCAUUUUAUGCACCUUGUUCAAAAAAAUCUGCCUUACAUCAGAGGUGAGUGGCCAAAACCAGGCUGGGCAGGAAACAUGGAAAUCCCUCCAGCUGUGUUCUGUUACUGAAAUUGAUGAACUAACAAAUGGGAGGCGUUCUCUUCUUCUGUGGUCUCGUCUGUAUCUGUAACACACUGUGCACUUAUGUAUUGCAUUCUGUGAAAAAUAACACAUUAAAAACAUACACCAAGCAAGCAAAGAGA